AUGUCGGACGAACAGACCAGGCCUGAUCGCUUCAAGCAUCGCAAGGUGCCGGCCCCAGUGCCAGCUUACCUCCCCUCAGCUGGCUCCCCCCUUGCCGUCAACAAAGACGUCUACAGUUCCAUCCAGCAAGCCCCGCGCGUACUGGUGCAUGAAUUUACUCUUCCCAUUCGAUCAGGUCGUGCGUGGGAGGCGCCAGCAGGGUCAAUCGUGAGGAUCACCACCCCUGAAGGUCCCCAGGUUGGUGAUCUCAAUGUCUGGAACCUGCACAACCCUUCGGAGCGUUUCUGGGCUUCACGGACUCGCCAAUUACACGCCUCGCAUCUGUCCACAUAUGAUCGUCUGUGGUCCACGCUGCCUUACCUGCGCCCUCUCGUCACCAUUCUCUCGGACUCCCUUUCCUCCUAUGGAAAGGACAUUAAUGGCGGUCGCGUGCACGAUCUCCUCGGCACGCGAUGCGACCCCUAUGUCAACUCGGUUCUGAGCUCCGGAGCUCAGUACAACUUCCACUGCCACAGUAACCUCGUCCGGGCUGUCAUGCCAUGGGGCCUGCAGGAGAGGGAUGUCCACGAUGUAUUGAACAUCUUCCAGGUGACUGGGUUGGACAAGGAGGGUCGGUACUUUAUGAGCCCCUGCCCCGCGGAAAAGGGCGACUCGCUCGAGUUCCUGGCCGAGACUGAUGUUCUUAUGGCUCUGAGCACUUGCCCCGGCGGUGACCUGUCGCUAUGGGGCUUUGGCGCCGACAGCGAGGCUGAGAUGAUCAAGGUGUGCCGGCCUUUACAUGUGCAGGUGUAUCAGCUGGAGGACAAGGACUUCCUCGCUAAACAGGGCUGGAAGCCAUCCGAGCCAGCACCAUACAGGGGCAUGCACGGCAUGACAAUUCCCGAGGGCGAAAACAACCCGAGGACCGUAUCUCGAUAG